CCCCAAGGCUUCGACGGAUCCGUCAACAAAGCCGACGACAAAGAACUGACCUGGCCUAUAAUUAUAUAUAGCCUUCUCUGCUCUUCCUCUUCCUCGUCUUCUUCUUCUUCCUCCUCAUCUUCUCCCUCUUCCUGGCCACCACCAAAUUGCCAAUUGAUACUUGGCUACCGCAAUGCCUCUCUCGGCCACUCGACAAGAUUUACUGGUCAAACUCAAGGGCCAGUGCCUUGAGAUCCCCGACCUUUCGUCGGUGUUCAAGCACUGGCCACUGGAUAUUAGCCCCAGCCUUGAAGAGAUGAGAGCACUCGUUCCUUCCAGAAUUGACAGCAUGACGGACUGCCCACGGGACCGAAAAAUCCUCGAGGGGAUUGACGCUGGAUUGUUCACUGCAUCUUGGUGGCCGUUUGCCAGAUUGGAGCGCGCAGAUAUCCUCUCGUGCUUGGCCCUUUGGGUAUGUAUUUCCUCAUCCACUCUUCUGUUCCGUCUUACUCACAUGUCCAACAGCUUUUCAUCUGGGAUGAUGGUAAGUUCCGCCGCCUCCAAUCCGUCCGGAAUCAUCCUGAUUGGCCAUAACACAUGUGUAGAAACCGAUGCUGAGGUCGGACCUCUCGCCGAAAAUUUCGAAGCCGCGCAGACCUUCCGAGAGACCACCAUCGCUUACGUGAAACAUUGCCUCAAACUCUCAAACAGCACGGAGGAGGUUCCAAGCCCAUUGACCAAGAUCGUCGCCUCUUUCAAGGCCAUUGGUGAUGCAGCCUGUGAAGCCUAUGACCUCGACCAUAGAAAGAUACUCUUCCGCGAGCUCGAGGCCUUUGUAAAGGGCAGCGAAGUGGAGCAGAUCUUCCGCCUCAGCCCCGAGCUGCCGACGGUGGAGGCGUACAUGGACAAUCGACUGAAGACGAGCGCGGUCAACAUUGUCUUGUUCUUCAUCGAAUAUGCGUACGAUAUCCAGUUGCCGGUCGAUGUCCUAACAGACCCAGACAUGCGCACCAUCUGGGAUAAAACCAACUUCAUUGUGUGGACUCACAACGAUCUCCUGUCUCUCAAAAAGGAGGUGGCGCAACAGGCUAUUGACAGUCUAGUCCCAUUGCUAUACUUCAAGCAGGGGAACAUGAACCUGGUGGUCUCACAGGUUAUUGAAAUGACAGAGAAGGCAGUUCGGGAUUUUGACUUGGCUGAAGCAGCGUUGGUCAAAAAGGUUUCUCAUGACGAUGGCAUGCUUGCAGAUGUGAAGACAUACAUUGAUGGAUGCAGACGAGUCUGCACUGGGAAUCUCUUCUGGAGCCUGCUUGCUGGCCGCUAUGAGGUCUCUGACAUUGCAGUCGGUGGUUGUGUCACCACUCAUCUGUAGUUCGAUAUGGCGUGUCAAGACACUGCCAAGGCGC